CCUCACUCCGCGGUACCCUAGCCGCAUCCCCGGAGCUCCCGGUGGGGCCCCUGGCUAUCCCUCCCGGUUCCGAAGGGCCCAGCUGCGUAGAGAGGAGCCGCGACCCGACUUGGGCGCCCAGGUGGCUCGGCUCCGCCCAGUCCUGCCAGGCAGACAUCCUAUUCCCGCUAAGAAGUGAGAGGUUAAAACUCAGAAAGUUUGAAUAACCUGUCCACAGUCUCCACUGGAAGGCGACGGCAAUGAGGCGUCAGUUCCUGGCCUGCAUCAGCCAACACCCUUAGCACCCGCAUUUGUGACCGUCAGGCAGCGCUAGAGCAGCCUUGAGGGGGGUCACCUCCUGCACCUGUGCUCCACUGGCUGCGGCUGAGCCCGUGGUCUUGCCCUUCAGUGUGGAGGCAAUGCCAAAGCUGGAAGGCUUCGAGUUCUGGAGCCGCACCCUGGGGGGGGCCCGCCACGUGGUGGCCCCUAUGGUGGACCAAAGUGAGCUGGCCUGGAGGCUGCUGAGCCGCCGACACGGGGCCCAACUGUGCUACACACCCAUGCUGCAUGCCCAGGUUUUUGUCCGCGAUGCCAACUACCGCAAGGAGAACCUGUACUGCGAUGUGUGCCCCGAGGACCGGCCUCUCAUUGUACAGUUCUGUGCCAAUGACCCAGAGGUGUUUGUCCAGGCAGCUCUCUUGGCUCAGGACUACUGUGAUGCCAUCGACCUGAAUUUGGGCUGCCCACAGAUGAUCGCCAAACGAGGUCACUACGGCGCCUUCCUGCAGGAGGAGUGGGACCUGCUCCAGAGAAUGAUUCUGCUAGCCCACGAAAAGCUUUCUGUUCCUGUCACCUGCAAGAUCCGUGUCUUCCCAGAGAUUGAUAAGACCGUGAGAUAUGCCCAGAUGCUGGAAAAGGCUGGCUGCCAGUUGCUGACUGUCCACGGGCGCACCAAGGAGCAGAAGGGGCCCCUGUCAGGCACCGCGUCCUGGGAGCACAUCAAGGCUGUGCGGAAGGCGGUGACCAUACCUGUGUUCGCCAACGGGAACAUCCAGUGCCUGCGGGACGUGGAGCGCUGCAUCCAGGACACGGGGGUGCAGGGGGUCAUGAGUGCAGAGGGAAACCUGCACAACCCUGCCCUGUUUGAGGGCCGCAGCCCUGCCGUGUGGGAGCUGGCCGAGGAGUACCUGGACAUCGUGCGGCAGCACCCCUGCCCCCUCUCGUACGUCCGGGCCCAUCUCUUUAAGCUGUGGCACCACACGCUGCAGGUGCAUCAGCAGCUUCGAGAGGAGCUCGCCAAAGUGAAGACCCUGGAGGGCAUUGCUGCAGUGAGCCAGGAGCUAAAGCUGCGGUGUCAGGAGGAUAUAUCCAGGCAGAAGGAGGGAGAGAAGCCUUCAGGAGGCUUGCCUUUCUUUCACUGGAUCUGCCAGCCCUACUUCCGGCCAGGGCCCAAGGAGGGGAGCAAGGAGAAUGGGGGUGCCCGCAGCAAGCGGGCCCUGGAGGAGGAGGAGGGCACCACGGAUGUCUUAUCCAAGAACAAGCAGAAGAAGAAGCUAAGGAACCCCCACAAGACCUUUGACCCCUUGCUGAAGCCAAAAUACGCAAAGUGUGAUCAGUGUGGAAACCCAAAGGGCAACAGGUGUGUGUUUAACCUAUGCCGGGGCUGCUGCAAGAAGCGAGCUUUCAAAGAGACCGCUGACUGCCCAGGUCACGGACUGCUUUUUAAAACCAAAUUGGAGAGGUCUCUGGCCUGGAAGGGUGCCCAGCCGCGGCUGCAAGAACCACAGCAGGCCGGGCCUGGAGAACCAGGUGGCUUCACUGAGGUUGUGGGCAGUGCCCUGGCCUAAAAAGGGCAGCUACAGCCCCAUGUGCCACCCCCCAGGCCUGCUGCUGAAGCCUCAACCCACGUCCCAGUUAAGGAAACGCCUUUACUCAGGGAACUUCCUGCUACUUCACACGGAAGGACAAGCUGGUCUUCCCUUCGGCCCAUGCUGGGGGCCCGGAGAUGCUGCACCGAGGAGCAGGCUCCCAGGCUGGACCUGCCCAUCCUCACAGCCCGCGUGUGUUCAAGAUGAACAAUAAACCAUUUCAAAGAUG